AUGUAUCUACUCGACUUUCCGACCGAAAUUCUGGAUGCCAUCGGACAACACCUCGAGUCACAAGCAGACAUCAAUGCCUUGCUUCAAAGUAAUCGACGUCUUUACUCAAUUUUGAAUGCAUAUCUUUACUCUGUGAACGCGAAAUUUUUCACAGGCUCAGCAUUACUAUGGGCAGUCCAGAAUAAUCAGCCACAGACUGCACACUACGCCUUGCGCAAUGGCGUGGAGGAGCUCCUCGACUGGGACCGAGAGCCACUGCACCAGGCUGUUGAAGAUGAAAACGAAGCUAUGGUAUUGCUGCUACUCAAGUAUGGAGCUGGCGUCGAUUGUAAGAGACUCGACAAGACCCCGCUGUGUAUAGCGGCGAAAUCAGGCCAUGAAGGAAUUGGAAAGCUCCUAUUGCAGAACGGGGCUUAUCUUGAGUCGAACAAUUCCAUCAGCAGUUUUUCUCGAUACAACACCCCACUUCAUGUCGCAGCGUAUUUUGGUCAAGCUGCGAUAGUCAAGUUACUUCUUGAGAAUGGAGCAAAUAUCGAAGCAGAGGAUUCCGACGGAAACACCCCUUUGUUUCACGCUUUAUAUAAAGGGCAGAGUGCCACGUUGUGGCUUUUGAUGGAUCACAAUGCAAAAUUCCAGGGAGACGCCGAUUCCGGAAGAGCACUGGCCGAGGCAGUUCGUCUAGAAAAUGCUGAAAUAUUCGAAGGUCUGCUUGAAAGGGGCGCCGAUCCAAACGCGUAUGAUGGAUCAGGGUUCCCUCCGUUAUACAACCCGGCCAUGAAUGAGCGCCGCCACUUUGUGAAACGUCUCGUCGAAAGCGGUGCAGACAUUGAAAUAAGAGACAAUGCUGGACGUACCGCGCUCAGUAUUUGUUGUCUCUACAAUCGUGACUUUGCUGUACAGAUACUUCUUGAUUGUGGAGCAGAUCCGAACACGAAAGAUUAUCAAGGAAAUACGCCCUUGCAUAAGACUGCUACUCAUCAAAGGGAUCAUAUUGCUAGAAUUCUGAUUGGGAAAGGCGUUGAUAUGGACGCUGUGAAUAACGAUGGAGAAACGCCACUCUUUUGUGCUGUGCGAAACGCCUCAGAGCAAAUGGUGCGGCUUUUACUCCAGCAUGGUUGUGACCGUAACGUAUCAAGAUCAGAUGGAACAACGCCUUUGGAGCUGGCGACUCAGAGAGAUAAGACUGACGACAUAUUGAAGCUUUUCAAGGAUGAAUAG